CUGUCAGCAGCAUGUCAUCACUAUCAGAGUCAGCUCUGAGCCAGAAUUAAUCUAGUCCGCAUCUUGAAGCUGAAAAUCCUCUGGACCAUCUUAAAACACACUUCCUCUCUUCCAUCCAUCUCCUUCCUCCCAUAUGCUGAUCCAGCAUGCUGCCUCUCAAGAUGUUAGGCCUUCUCAUGCUCAUGUUUUCGCUGUGUGAUGCAGACGGCACAUGCCCAACAGACGCCAACCCUCUCAUCCUGGAGCCGCCUGAGGUUAUAGAAGAAUAUGGAAGUGUGGUCUUUGUUAACUGCACCAGCACAACUGACUAUUACGAUGAGAUGUACUGGAAAUAUGGGACCAGAGAGUCUGGCAUAGAGGAAGACAGUGCUUUUAUCACCGGGGAAAUGUCACUGGCAGACUGGAAUGUAACAGCCGAGUGCAAAAUAAAGCUGAAUGCCUCCCUUGAAUGCAGUAAAAACCUUGAAAUCACUAUUUACAGGAAUCCAGACCUGGUUGUCGUGUAUCCUAUAAAGUCUGUAAAUGCUACCGCGGGAGGGACAAUGUACGAGCUGCAGUGUGAUAUCAUCAAAGUUGCUCCUGUUCAGAACCUCACUGUGAGGUGGUACAAAGACAACCGAAUUAUCAGGAUGGACUCUUUCAGCGAAACAACCAAAACACCAGUGAAUGAGUCUUCUUUUCUGACAGUCAACGUCAGCAGAGGAGAUGACGGGGCUCAGGUUAGAUGUGAGGCUCAGCUGGACUUUGGGCCAGAUGGACCGAAACCUCAUGCUAUUUCUGACACACACACUGUUUCCGUGCCCUAUGCUCCUGAGAUCAACAGCAAAACUGCAAACUUUGUCACUGUGGAAGAGGGUGACAGUGUCAGCCUGAACUGUGAAGCUGAGGGUAACCCUCCUCCUCGCAUUCAUUGGGACGGCGAAGGGGUGUAUAUGACGGAGAACACGGAAAUUCUCAAUAUUACCCGAGUAAACACUACCACAUUUUACAGAUGCACAGCUACCAAUGAUUUGGGAAGAACAACUAGGCUCAUCACGGUUCACGUUUUAAAAAAUACCAUGCCAACACCUGUUAUGGCAAUGACCAAGCCUGAAACAUCAGCACAAAACGUUUGCCCCCUGAGACUGACACCUGCCAAAAUUGUGGUGAGAUUUGGAGAUCCAGCCUCAGUUAAUUGCAGCACAUCAGCCAGAGAUGUUUUAGGAAUGGGCUGGGAGGCUACAGUUGGAGGCACAGGGUUUAAAGACCUUCCCGUUGUCACCUGGAAAGUUGAAAAACUAGAAGACUGGACCAUAGGACCUAAGUGCUUCAUUACUACAGCUACUGCCCAGUGUUAUAUGAUGCCAUCCAUCACUCUUUAUAAGACGCCAGACAAUAUUGCUGUCUCUGCGCUGGCUCAUGGCCCGAUGACGGAGGGCACGGAGUACCGGCUGAAAUGUGACAUCAUCAAUGUGGCUCCUGUGCAGAGCCUCACGGUGAAGUGGUACCGAGGAAAUGAACAUGUGAGCACGGAAAUGUUUAAUGACACCAGUGUGACCCCAAUCAGUGUGUCCUCCGUCAUAAGAGUGACUCCUAAAAGAGAUUACAACGGAGCACUUUUCAGAUGCAGUGCUGAGCUGCACCUAGGACCAGAAGGACCAGAACCUAUCCCUACUGCAUCAUCGGAGCCUUACACUGCUGUUGUGCACUAUAAGCCACUGAUUCAAGAUUGUCCAACCCAUUACUCUGGUGUGGAGCAUGUAUUCAGGAUGGACAUGUUUCCCUGUAAUGUUGAUGGGAACCCUCCACCCACUGUUAACUGGUACUAUCAGGGAAAACGGAUCAAUGCAUCUGAGUCUCUCACCAGGGUUCAUUCAGGAAAAUACACAGUGGAGGUUGGAAAUAGCCUCGGCAUGAGCCAAACCUCUGUUGACGUCACAAUCGAAUAUAGCCCAUCAUUUACCUGUGACGCUCGCUAUGAAGUUGAAGAGAAUGGUAAGCUUCACACUGGGUGUGUAGCAGAGGGAAUACCUACACCCAUCAUCACCUGGCUUAAGAAUGGAAAAGAGACGGUUUCCCCGCAAAACUGGACAAAGCAUGAUAGUGGAAAAUACCUACUUACAGCGACCAACAAACACGGAACAGCCAACUACACGCUAUAUCUUGAUGUUCUGUUUGCCCCCGAGUUCAAGGAAGGAAAUUACAGUAAGGAGGUGUCCCAGGGCGAAAAUGUGACUUUUGACUGCAGUGCUGAGGGAAACCCUGCCCCUGUGAUCCUGUGGAACUACACCUCUGCAGUGAACGUGGACGAGACCACUGGGAGGCGCCAGAGGAGUGUCAGUGUCACAGGAGCCACGUCUACCAAUGCUGGUGUUUACAUCUGUGUUGCCACGAAUAAAGUUGGGAGUGUGUCAAGAUCCGUCACACUGAUGAUGAAAGAUCAAACCAGUGCGGGCUUCUUAGCAUUCACUUCAUGGUGGCUGAUUCCACUGAUCGUCGGUAUCCUCAUCCUCACGAUCGUUCUCUGCAAGUGUCAGAAAAAACAUGGACAAUAUAGCUUUAUUCCCGACAAAGCCAAGGAAAGUACAGAUAUCCCCAUGUCUACAAAAUCUGAAGCUUAGGAUAUUCAUUACUUGCUUAAUAGGUAAGAUUGAAUUUAGCUUGGGGGGUGAAAACAUAGUCAAAUAGGUCAUUUAUCUUUCAAGGCAAGAAUGGCAUGUAAAUACUGUAUUUUCAUUUCCACUUUUGUGUGGUACUGUCCAAUGUUUACACCACUACAGAAAAAUGUUAAAAUGCCUUUUGUACAGAAGUGUUAUGAGGGAGAGGUACGGAGUAAGACCACUUGUUUUCCUGGCUAUGCUGCCGACAAAGCAGGUGUGUUAUAACAUUGGGUUUUACCUGCGAGGCUGGAAAGUUUAAUUUCGUUUUUAACCUUUUUUUUUUUUAAAUCCACGAUAAAGUUACGCUAUAGCCUGUGUCGGGGUGUCGUGUUUUUAAAUUUAGAACCUUUUCAUUGCUCGCUGUGUACACUUUUAAAUGAGAGUGAAAAAAGUUCAAACUUUUGUCAUCUUUGGCGUUUCACUUUUGUGCUUUCACAGUGUAGCCUCGACUGUGUUCAAUGCCCGAGUUUGCAUUCUAAUUUAAAUGAAAUGUUGGGUGUGAAAAAAACAAACAAACAAUAAAACAAAACAAAGAAACAACAAAACAAAAAAAAAAUGAAAUUUUGCUUACAUUGAACAGUGAGCACAGGGGGUGACUUUAUACAGAUACAUUUCAGACUUCAUUUUAGAUCAAUAAUUCAGGAUUUCAGAA